AUGGCGGUCAAGGAGUGUGAUGAAUCCUGGACCUACUUCUUUGAGCAGCUGAGGUAUAUACUCACCGAUGAACCAGACUUGUGCAUCAUCUCUGAUAGGCACAAGAGCAUAGCCAACGAUGUUUCCAGAAUGUUUGAGCAUGCUCAUCAUGGACUAUGCAUCAAGCAUCUUGGUGAUAACCUUCAAAAAAAUUUCCAAUGUAGAGAUUCUCUUCAUGUGUACUAUGAUGCAGCAAAGGCAUAUGGUUACCAGGAGUUCAAUCAAUAUUUUUGGCAAUUAAGGAAUAAAUGCCCCGAAGAUGCUAAUUGCCUUGAGUUUGAUAUUGGAUUUGACAAUUGCAGCAGAGAUAUUUUCCAGCAAACAGGUACGAUGAGGUUUGCUGAAAUGUUCAGACAGAGACGUGCACAUAUUAGCAGUUCAAUCAAUUUAUUUGUGCCUUCGGCUGAAAAACGGCUAAGGGAAAAGAUAAAUGAAGGCGACUCCUUGUUUGUCAAUAAUAUAAAUAGGGAUGCCGACGAGUUCACCGUAAUCAGCAGUGUCCUAACUACCAAAGUCAAUCUACUGAACAAAACAUGUACUUGUAGAGAGUAUAACUUGGUAAAAUUAUCGUGCGCUCACGCAAUGGCAGCCUUGAUAUUGAAGUACAGACCUGAUUAUGGUUCAAGCAUCUACGAGUAUUCCUCGCCCAUGUAUAACGUUCAGUCUUACAUUCUUGCAUUUGCUGAAACUAUUAAUGUAGUCCCUGCAGAGUCAGAAUGGGAAGUCCUAGAGAAGUAUACAAACAUGUAUAUUCCUCCACCCCCUUACGACCCCAAACUUGGAAGGAAGAGAGUGAAGCAUAUUCCUGGCGUCUCGAAAUCUUUCAAGUCCAGGGAAAGUAGCAAAGGGACGAGAAACAAGUGCUCGAUUUGCAAGGGGGCUGGUCACAAGAAAACAACGUGUUGA